GUUAGGCAAAUUCCAAGCUUGAUUACGGGUCCCCUGAUGUCAAAUUCUGUCUUGGGGAGAAAGAAAGAAGACCCUGGCUAGUGAAAACACUAUAUAUUCCAGUUAAGGGGUUCUCUAAUAUAUUGAUUAGAAGAUUCAAUUCCUACACAAAAGAGCUUGCUAUCUUCACAAUUAUCAGUAGAAAAUGCACUUGUACAACGCCUGGCUGCCUCCCCCGGUAGCAGAACAGACAAAGGGGGAGAAAGAAUCGUUUGCCAAAGUAGUGAAAUUCGUUAAAGAAUCAUACAAGUCGGAUGAUCCCGAUUCGGUUUACGCCACUCUUAAAUGGGUUUCCGUUCUUGACCUCUUCAUAAAGGCAAAAAGUGAACUAUCUCUGGAGGAUGUUAAAGAAGUAGUUGAAGUUGGAUUGGAAUUGUUUCGUAUAUCAGAAAAUAAACUUUAUGCUCAGGUUAGAUGGGGAAAUAUCUUGGUAAAGGUACUGAAUAAAUACCGGAAAAAGUUGGCUUUGGAAGUUCAAUGGCGCCCUUUAUAUGAUACUCUGGUUCAUACACACUUCACAAGGAAUACGGGCCCAGAAGGGUGGAGAAUAAGACAACGACAUUUUGAGACCGUUACUUCGCUUGUUCGAUCCUGCCGGAGGUUUUUCCCUCCAGGUUCUGCAUUUGAGAUAUGGUCUGAGUUCAGUAUGGUCUUGGGAAAUCCUCCCCUCAGAGCUAGCUCUGGGGUUGAGUUAGGCACAAGGCCCAUUUCUUCACAUGAAGCAUUCCUAGGAUACUUUUGUGAUACUUCAUUUUACUNUUUUGUAAGAUUGUUCCUUCCUACCAAUAGAGACAACCAGGAUUUCUUUUCUCACACAUGGAUUGCUACGUGUUUAGCCCACUGGGAUUCAGUACCAAAUUCCCAGUUUUGGAACAGCCAGUGGGCCUCUGUUACAGCUCGUGUGAUAAAGAACUAUAGCUUCAUUGACUGGGCACAUUACUUACCAGAUAUUUUCAAUAAGUACUUGAAUAUGUUUGAGGUUCCCGUUGCAAAUGGCAGGGGAUCUACUCCAUUCUCUGUGGAUGUUCCCAGAAACACAAGAUUCUUGUUCUCAAAUAGAACAAUCACUCCAUCACAAGCCAUUGCGAAAUCAAUAGUUUAUCUACUAAAACCUGGUAGUUCUGCGCAAGAGCAUUUGGAGAAAUUGGUCAACCUCCUGGAACAGUAUUACCAUCCUUCUAAUGGUGGUCGCUGGACUUAUUCCCUAGAGCGAUUCUUGUUCCACUUGGUAAAUACAUUUCAGAAGCGCUUGCAGCAUGAGCAACAGAGAAAAGAUGAUGGCGAGCAGUCUGAAAUCUUCCUAGGGCAAUCAGAGAGGGUUGCUUUUGUGAUNGUGAAUUCUAUUCUCAAGCUAAUUGAUCGUGGACAGUAUAGCAAAAAUGAACAUCUUUCUGAAACAGUUGCAGCUGCCACUUCUAUCCUUUCAUAUGUUGAACCAUCUAUGGUUCUUCCCUUUCUAUCAUCUCGCUUUCGUAUGGCCUUAGAGACGAUGACAGCCACUCACCAGUUGAAAAGUGCUGUGACGUCUGUAGCAUAUGCUGGUCGAUCUCUUCUCCUGACUAUGUCAGCUUCAUCCAUGGCUUUGGACAUUGUUGAUCGUUCUGAUUCACUUGUUGACCUGAUGAUGAUUUCCUUGUCUAAUGCAUUACUUGGGAUGGAUGCCAAUGACCCACCUAAAACCUUAGCAACAAUGCAACUAAUUGGCUCCUUAUUCUCCAACAUGGCUAUACUGGAAGAGACUAUGGACCAGUCCUCACUCAUGCCAGGAUUUCACUUUUCAGAAUGGCUUGACGAGUUCUUGUACCGCUUAUUUUCGUUACUUCAAAACUUGGAAGCUAACAGUGUUGU